AUGGCUAUCCAGCAUCAAGUAGCGUUAUUAGCAACACAACUCACUUGCGCUCGUGCCUUCGUCUACAAUGUAGCCCGCCGGAAAGAAGCUAAUCAAGAUAUUCAAAAAGAAUCAUCAAUGGCCAAGUUCUUGUGUGCAAACUUAGCCACCGAAGUCACCUCAAAGUCAAUGGAAUGGUUGGGCGGAGUUGGAUAUACCAAGGACUUUCCGGUGGAAAAGUAUUAUCGAGAUGCCAAAAUCGGUACAAUUAUUCCCUCCUCGUUCUCCAAUAAUGUACCCCUGCUAUGA